AUGGCUAUGAGAUGGCAGAAGUUUGCAGCCAUGCAGAGGAAGAGAAUCUCACUUACAAGAAAUGGUAGUGAUGCAGACAGUUUUAGUAAGUCUUCACCCUCUAUAGUCAGAAAAGGUCAUUUUGUAGUAUAUACAAUUGAUCAAACGAGCUUCGUGAUUCCCUUGGAUUAUCUUGAAAAUGUGGUCAUCAGACAACUUUUAAUCUUAUCUGAAGAAGUGUUUGGCCUGUCAAGUGCUUGCCCCAUUACAGUACUCUCCUCUCAAUUCCUUCAUGUUGCUGUUCAGCUUCUUCUUUGCAGCAAGAAAGUCAAAACCAACAACUUCUUGUUUAUUGAGUCAUGCUAUCAUGUUUUGUAA